AUUACAUCUCCUGAAGCGCAUGCGCUAUCUCGGUUCAGCGUGCACGUAAACGCUGCAGAAUGAAGGGUCGUGACAGUAAAGAGCCGGAGCAACUGAGGAAGCUGUUUAUCGGUGGCCUCAGUUUUGAGACCACAGAGGACAGUUUACGUGAUCACUUUGAGCAAUGGGGUAAACUAACGGACUGCGUGGUAAUGAGAGAUCCAGGUAACAAACGCUCACGUGGUUUCGGAUUUGUGACAUAUGCUUGCAUAUCAGAAGUGGAUACGGCGAUGUCAGCACGGCCACACAAAGUGGACGGUCGCGUGGUUGAGCCGAAGCGUGCUGUUUCCCGAGAGGACUCUAAUAAACCUGGUGCUCAUCUGACAGUGAAGAAGAUCUUUGUUGGUGGAAUUAAGGAGGACACAGAGGAAUAUCAUGUCAGAGAGUACUUUGAGCCAUAUGGGAAGAUAGAGAGCAUCGAUAUAAUGGAGGAGCGUCCAACUGGGAAAAAGAGAGGAUUCUGCUUUGUCACCUUUGACGAUCAUGAUACUGUGGAUAAAAUUGUUGCACAAAAAUAUCACACAAUCAACUCUCAUAACUGUGAAGUUAGGAAGGCUCUUCCUAAACAGGAAAUGCAGGCGGUUUCUAACCAGAGAUAUCGUGGUGAGGGUGGGGGCAAUUUUAUGGGCAGAGGUGGAAACUUCGGAGGUGGCAACUCUGGCAGAGGGGGGUAUGGAGGAGGCCGGGGAGGCUAUGAAGGAGAUGGAUACAAUGGAUUUGGUGGUAACUAUGGUGGGGGUCCUGGCUGUGGAGGUGGGCGUGGGGGAUAUGGUGGAGGUCCUGGAUAUGGUAACCAAGGCGGAGGGGGCUUUGGAGGAUAUGAUAUCUACAAUGAUGGAGGAAAUUUUGGAGGUAACUUCGGUGGUGGUGGAGGCGGGGGAGGAUGUGGAAACUACAAUGAAUUUGGGAAUUAUGGAGGGCAGCGGUCCAACUACGGCCCCAUGAAGGGAAAUAAUUUUGGAGGAAGGAACUCAGGACCUUACGGAGGCGGCUACGGCUCUGGUGGUGGAGGCGGGGGCUAUGGGUCCAGACGAUAUUAACAUGUAUAUUUGUCAGUGGCUUCAGAUCCACAGUUAGAUGAAGAGAUGAGAGGAGUGGGGAGGAAAGGAAAGAUUACUGUGAGAAAGUGGGAGGGGCCAAGAUCUGCCAGUUAUAGGUCUUACUGCAGCAGUUUUUAAUGUUAGCUGCAAGAGGGUAGCCAGACACUCUAGAGCUAGUGUGUGCACAUUCCUUUAAUAUUCUUUACCCACUCUUUUUCACACAUCCCAAACCCUCUGUGAAUUUUCUGAGUGUUGUUUGAGAGUAAAAGGAAGCUAUUAUGUUAUCAAACACUGUAGCCAGAGCAGUCUUAAAUAAUUUGUUUGAGUUUCAGAUGUUGUGGCUUUGAGUAUAUUAUUUGGAGAGAAAAAUAGAGAAAAAGGUUGUUUUUUAUUUUUUUAUUUUAAGACAGUGAUGUCAUGUGAUUGUUACGUGUAUUUUGAUAUAUUGUGAGUAUACAGUACAUGUGUUGUUUCUCCUGAGUUGUAUUAACCAAUGAAUGAAAAACAGAGUAGACUUGAUUAGAUCUGAGGGGAUGUAACACGUUAAACCUGUAAAGAUAGAAUUCUAGAUUGUUUAACUAUUUUGACAAAUGAAAAAAGAAACCAGCUGAAAUAAAGUUGUGUAGUAAAUUGCCUAACCAAGUUUAGUGCGUCAUUGAGUCUGAAAGAGAGUGCAGCUGUUCUGAGCGUAUGUUGUGUAUGAGAUUAGAGCUAUAUAGGGCUGGGUGAUAUAUAUCACAUAUUCAUGAUAUAUUCGCAGUGAAUUGCUGACGAUACAAAAUUUCAAAACAUUGUGAAUAUCGCAUUGAUUUUAAUGCGCUUUUUAUUUGGCCAUUACGUUUACUAAAGUCUUACCUUUACUCUAGAUUCCUCUUUGUCUCGGGCGAUAUAGACAGACAGACAGACAGACAGACAAAUAGAUUUGCAAUGAUAUUGCUAGUAAAAUGAAAUGAUGCUGCAGUUAUUUUAAAGCGCUUUAUAUUUGGCCAUUAAGUUUCCUAAAGGCCAUACGUUUUACUUUAGUUUCGGGAUUCUUCAUUUUAUGAACUGUGAGAAUGAGGUUGUUUAGACUAUGGUAGCAAAAAGAGCAUUUGAAUAGAAUCCCAGCUGGCAAGUGUGUAUGAUACAAAAAUGAGUACUAUGGUAUUAUAUCUUGGUUAAACAUGUAAAAUCAAAGUAAUUUAAGCAAAUACUUAAAUAUAGAGAUACAUAUAGAAUAUAAUCAAAAUAUUGAGGCAUACUGAGACAUAUUUUAGCUAUAUCGCCAAGCCCAAGGCCUAGACAGAAACUAACAAAUGAUAGUAAUUUACACAAAACAGGAUGUUAUCGGUCUCUCACACUGACAGGUCAGUCCCAGCUGUAAAGUGUGGAUGAUACAAAAUUGAGUAUGUGUCUCCAGAAAGCUAGCAUCUGUUUUCGUGAGACUAGCUGUACCCCGCGAGAGCUAAGGAACACUAGCGGCAAGCCAAUGCUAGCGUGAGACCCAGCAGUGAGUAUGAGGUUUUGAGACAGAAGAGGAAGAAAGAGUCAUAGGAGCAGGUAAGAGUAACUAUUCUGCUUAA